AUGUUGACCCUCAGGUGGACGUGCAUCGCACAAAACCAAUAUUACUCGCAAUGCCUUCAAGCCACCGGGACAGCUAGUGGCACGACCGCCGCCUCAACACCCACGUCGGCGGCGUCCACUACUACAACCGCUUCGGCUUCGCCUACGGGCAUCGCGGCGAGUGCGCCUACUGUUGGGCCGUCCCACUCGGUGGGCAAGCUGCCCGCGCUCGGAUGGAAUGCCUGGAACGCGUACGGAUGCAACAUCAAUGAGGACAAGAUCCUCGCUGCUGCGAACCAAUUCGUCUCUCUUGGGCUCGCAGACCUCGGCUACGAAUACAUCAAUAUCGACGACUGUUGGUCCGAGAUGAAGCGCGAUGCAUCCACUGGACGCAUAGUACCCGACCCUACAAAGUUCCCGAAUGGCAUUAGCGGUGUAGCUGACCAAGUUCAUGCACUUGGCCUCAAGAUGGGCAUCUACAGCGACGCGGGAACGGCCACUUGUGCUGGGUUCCCGGGAUCUUUGGGCAACGAGAUGUUGGAUGCGACAACUUUCGCGGAAUGGGGAGUGGACUACCUCAAGUAUGACAACUGUAACGUUCCGGGAAACUGGUCCGAUAGCGGGACACCGCCUGGGGGAGACUGGUACAACUCCAACUCCGCCAUCCGUUACCGACAAAUGACCGCAGCGCUCAACGGUACUUCCCGGCCCUUCCAGUUCAACCUCUGCAUCUGGGGCGCCGCCAACGUCUGGGAUUGGGGCGCACGCGUUGGUCAUUCAUGGCGCAUGUCGGGGGACUCCAGUGCAUCCUGGAACUACAUCACCAGCAUCCUCGCGACGAAUGUGCAACACCUCGCCUCAAUCGACUUCUAUUCGCACAAUGACAUGGACAUGAUGGAGAUCGGCAACGGGGACCUCACUAUACAAGAACAACGCACGCACUUCGCCGUCUGGGCCUUCCUUAAGAGUCCCAUACUGUUGGGUACAGACCUAAGCAACUUGAACGCGACCCAGCUUGCGAUUAUCAAGAAUACCGAGUUGCUGGCGUUCCAUCAAGACGCCACGAUAGGCAAGCCGGCCGCACCCUUCACGUCCGCCCCUUCGAGCUCCUCUCCCCCGGAGUUCUACGCCGGCCAGUCCUCGAAGGGGACGCACGUCUUCAUCGUGAACACGGGAACUGCCGCUUCCAAGACUUUCAACUUUGCGGACGUUCCCGGACUCGGCGCUGGGUCGUUCAAGGUGCAUGAUAUGUGGACGGGCAAGGACGUGGGGACGUUUGUGAACAGCUUCACCACGACGGUCGAUACUCAUGACACGGCGGCGUUCCUCGUCACCCCAGCAUGA